UCGUCAUGGACAAAGCCAUCGCUCCUUCUUGAGCAAAGGGCACCGAAUCACGCUCAUAAUUUCCGGUCAUCUCGCGCUAUCAGGAACAUUUUUGCGAAACUUCCCUUCAGCGCUUCCUCAAGAUAGCUUCGCCUGCUUUUGAGCUUUACUUUUCUCUUCUUGCCGGCCUCCCAGUUUCGUCGAGUUCCAAGCGCCAGAAGACACAUAUCAAGAAUGGUUGCCCGAGAUGUCAAGAAGCGUGUCGUUGCUGUUGAACAAUCUGAGGGGGUGGGGGCAAGGGUUCGCCGAAGUAUCGGACGCCCAGAGUUGCCAAACCUAGACCCCUUUUUAUUGCUGGAUGAAUUUUCUGUUAGCAAGCCAGCAGGCUUUCCGAACCAUCCGCAUCGGGGAAUGCAAACGGUAACAUACAUGUUGGAGGGUGCGUUUCGACACGAGGACAACAAGGGACAUGCAGGUACUAUUGGAGUUGGAGACUUGCAAUGGAUGACAGCUGGCCGUGGAAUUGUACACAGUGAGAUGCCUGCUACGGAUGGAAAGAAUGUCGGAUUGCAGCUGUGGGUCAACCUUGCCGCUAAGAGCAAGAUGACAAAGCCACAGUAUCAAGAACUGUUGGCUGAUGAGGUACCUCUGGCGAGAAGCGAUGACGGUUUAAUUGAAGUGAAUGUCAUUGCUGGUAAGUGUCUUGGGGUAGAGAGCGCUGUGUUCACACAGACACCGACUCUGUAUUGGGAUGUGAAAACGGAAGGUGCGACAACGUUUACCGAGGAAGUGCCGGAGCACUACAAUGCUUUCAUGUAUGUUCUGUCAGGCACGGUGAUGACUGGUAAAGAGGGUGUGAAAGGAACACAUGGGACAUGUGUGGUUUUUGGACCUGGGGAAUCAGUCUCCGUGACAUCAGCGGGGAAAGCGAGGUUUGUGAUUCUUGCUGGAGAGCCGCUUAACGAGGCGGUCGUCCAACAUGGACCGUUUGUGAUGAACACACGAGAAGAGAUUAUGGAGGCGUUCAGGGAUUAUUCCGACGGGAAAUUUUAGUUUGGCUCAUGAAAGAACCCAUGCAUCUGCAUUUGGGAAAUAUCUUGCUCCCGCCGUGCGUCCUUUUUAGAUUCCUGGCAUUCCGCAUACCAAAUCGAGAAACUGAGGUUAUGUGUUUGUCCGAACAGCACCGAGGACUUUCUCCCAGCUGCUUUUAGGCUAUUGCACUGCAUCAUGUGAUGCCAAGCUGUGCAGGGCCCCCUUUUCGUAUGAAAUAUAAAUGAAAUCAGAAGUAUAAUCCGACUGCGAACGACGGCUCUUCUUCACUUCUGCCGUACCAUGACGCUAAC